GAGAAUCUUGGCGAGAUGGUUCCCGGAGAUUCGAGUGAGGAAUUCUCCAUGGAGCCAGUCUUUUCCAGAAGUUCUGAUAAAGUGAGGAGAGAGUGUCGACGCAGGGGAGGACUUUGGGAUAAGGGUGAAGAGCAGUUUAAAGCAGACCGUGUGGUUAAAGCACAGGCUCUGGGGUCAGGGGUUCCCGCACACUAUCUGCGCGAUCUUGGACAAGUCACUUAACCGGUUUGUGCCUCAGUUUCUGAUCUGUAAAAUGGGGAUGAUGAUGAUGAUGAUGAUGAUGAUGAUGGACAAUGCCUGCCUGUUAAGGAUCAUGUGAAGAUUAGCUGAGACAGUUAAAAGUACUUAACGUGGCCCUAACAUGCUGUACCGAUCAAUUUCCACUUUUAUUAUUGGAACAACUUGGGCAUAUUUUGAUGUUCAUAUGGAAGAGCUGGUGGAGAAGGAGGCAUUGGAAGACGGAGAGGAGAGAAAGGGGACUAGGAGAGAGGGACCCAGAACUUGGAUGGGAGAUAAGAUCCUGUCUAUGCCGAAGGAAGGGAAAGAGAGAAUUGGUGGGGAGGCAGGGAAGUUUGCAGGUUUGGGGUGUGUGGUUAAGGGACUGCCUUUCUCUGAAGUAGGCCCCAAGGUCAUUUGCUGAGAGGGCCAGGCCAUGGCUGGCCCUGGUGAGGAGGGAGGUCCCAGUUUACACUGCCGUGGUAGGGUACCAUGCCCUCUUUGCCAGGAGCCCCAAUGUCGUUCCAGCGAAGAGGGGCAGUUGAAUUUUUCUGGGGUCAGAGGACAACAUCUGACCUGCCUUGCCCACUUACGAGGCUCAAGUAAAGUUGAUGGGUGUGAAAACGCUAUAUAAGCAAAAUUUACCAUCUUAAUUCUGUUCCCUGAUCUUGAAGAGCUGGGAGCACAGUGGCCCUGAGUGGAACACCAUGCCAAAGCCUUCCAAGCAGUCCCCUUGGGCCAUGCACCAUGCCAGGUUCCCACCCUUCACCUCAUUCCGCCAUCACACCAGACGGGGAAGGUGGAAACUAUUAUCCCCAUUUCACAGAUGCACAGACUGACAUUCAGAGGAGUUAAAGGCCAUGUCCCAGGACCCAAAGCUAGUAAAUGGAAGACCCAGGAUCCCAACUCCCAUCUGUCAGACCUCAAAGCCCAUGAUUUGAAAUCACUAUGAAAGUUUGCAAAAUCCAGCAGGAUAGGAAGAUGUGGAUCUACCAUCCGGUAGAUGAGGUUAAGAAGACCCACUGUGAGGAAGUGACUGUUACCUGAGACGCUCGGGCCAGCGCACAGCUAAAGCGCCUGGAGCUUGCAUUUUUGAACCAGCCUCCAGAACCCUGGGGAUUUCCACUGGGGCGGUGAGCACCCUCACUGAGAAUUCUAGGCUGCUUCAGGGUGCCAGGGAACACCGGCUGUGACCGCGCCACUGAAGUCCCCAGGAGGAGGAGGAGGAGGAAGCCAGCAGGAAGCAGCCCGAGAAUGACUGGACACUCCUAAAGCCUUCAGUCACCAUCCAGGGGAUUUUUUGCACCACAAAGGGUAAUUCCUGCCCCAUCCCUGCUGUGACUCAGCCGUGACGUUGAACCACACAAGCCAGCAAAAAGAUAAAGUUGUCAGACUCCUGCUCACCAGAGAGAACUCACCUCUUCUCUCAGCACAGACUUUACAGGCCCGGUCCCCGCCCCAGAGGAGCGUAGACGGGCCCCCCAGGCCAGCCUGGGACCCCGGGAUGGCCUCUGGCUCAACCAGCAGCCCCCGCCCAGCCCCUGAUGAGAACGAGUUUCCCUUUGGGUGGCCCCCCACCGCCUGCCCGGACCCACCAGAGCCCAGGGCCCUCUGCUGUGCUGCCUGUCUCUCUGAGAACGUGAGGAAUGGCGAGGACCGGAUGUGUCCAAAAUGCAGAGGGGACGACUCCCAGUCUGUAAGCCCAGGAAGCCUUCUGUCUCAGGAGAAGGAUCACCCCGAGGUGGCUGAGGCUGAAGUUGGGUGCCCCUUUGCUAGUGUUGGCUGCUCCUACAAGGGGAGCCCAAAGCUCAUGCAGGAGCAUGAGGUCACCUCCCAGACCACCCACCUAAACCUGCUGUUGGCGUUCGUGAAACAGUGGAAGGCCCAGCUGGGCUCUGGCCUGGGCUCUGGGCCCCUGGCCCUGGAGCAGAAUCUGUCAGACCUGCAGCUACAGGCGGCUGUGGAGGUGGCUGGGGACCUGGACGUUGACUGCUACCGGGCACCCUGCUCUGAGAGCCAGGAUGAGCUGGCCCUGCAGCACUUAAUGAAAGAGAAGCUCCUGGCUGAGCUAGAGGAGAAGUUGCGUGUGUUUGAGAACAUCGUCGCUGUCCUCAACAAGGAGGUGGAGGCUUCCCACCUGGCGUUAGCAGCCUCCAUUCACCAGAGCCAGCUCGACCGUGAGCACAUCCUGAGCUUGGAGCAAAGGGUGGUGGAGUUGCAGCAGACCCUGGCCCAGAAAGACCAGGCCCUGGGCAAGCUGGAGCAGAGCCUCCGCCUCAUGGAGGAGGCCUCCUUCGACGGCACCUUCCUAUGGAAGAUCACCAAUGUCACCAGGCGCUGCCACGAGUCGGCCUGUGGCCGGACCGUCAGCCUCUUCUCUCCAGCUUUCUACACUGCCAAGUACGGCUACAAGCUGUGUCUGCGGCUCUACCUGAACGGGGACGGGACGGGGAAGAGGACCCACCUGUCUCUCUUCAUUGUGGUCAUGAGAGGGGAGUAUGAUGCUCUGUUGCCCUGGCCUUUUCGGAACAAGGUCACCUUCAUGCUUCUCGACCAGAACAACCGCGAGCACGCCAUCGACGCCUUCCGGCCCGACCUGAGCUCGGCAUCCUUCCAGCGGCCGCAGAGUGAGACCAACGUGGCCAGUGGCUGCCCACUCUUCUUCCCCCUCAACAGGCUGCAGUCACCCAGGCAUGCCUACGUGAAGGAUGACACCAUGUUCCUCAAGUGCAUCGUGGAGACAAGCGCUUAGGGCGGGUAGGGACUGUGCGAACCACACCUGACUCCCGAGCGAGCACCACUGGGGGUUAAGUAAGAUGACUGAGGUCCUGCCCUUGGCGCCCAAGGUCCCAGGGCACGAUGUUGGGCCGGGCUGGCAGGAUCUCAGUGGGCCUGCCAGACUGACCGUGGCUGGCCAUCAGCUUAGGUGGCGGGGCCUUGGGCUGGGACCACAGGGGCAAAGGGUCCAGGAGACGGCAGCCGGGUCAUUCGUUGCCCUCUGCACCGAGCACACAACCCUGCAGGCCUGGGAGCCACUCCAGCCCUGAAGGUUGAGGCGGACUGUGACCAAGGGAGGGAGGGACUACGGACCAGGCCUGGGGCAUGGAUGGUGAGCGUAGGGAGGAGCGCCCGAGCAAAGAAAUUCUCAGACAGGAAGAUCUCUGCCCAGGGCGGGAAGGCAUCAAGUUGGGGCUUGGAUUUAAAGACCUUCAAGCUCCUUCCAAUCCAGAAAGUCUCCAGUUUUGGGCCUCUGGCCCAGAAGAGACCUAGGACUUGAAGGGGUUCUGGAAACGUUCAGGAACCUCAUGCCCACCAGGCUUCUGACUCUCCUUCAGUACCACCAGGUGGGCCGGGCUGGCCCGCACAGCACCUGCCAUGCCGGGUCUGGCAUCUCCGUUCCCCACUGUGCGGGGGCCCGCGUAGGUCCUGAGCCCCGUGCCCACCAGCAGGACUCCACUGCACCUCCUCCAGGUGAAAGCUCCCAGGAUCAGCCGGAAGAAACGUGGAGAAGGAGGGGGGCCCAGACUCUCUGCUCUCCUUCCCUUGGAGGCCCCACCACCUUCGCACUUUCCUGCAUCUCGUGUCAUCUAAUUAAGCAAGGUAUUCACUUCUCUCAGUUGACUGAUCAGGGCCUCUGAGCCACUGAGCAGAGGCUGUCCUUUUCAAUAUGUAUAAAACCCAAGAAAGAAAUUUUUGUACAUUUCUGUUGAGGUUUCCAUGAAGUGCAUAUCUAACCUGGGCCCAAACCAGGUACCCCACA